GAGUUGCAAUGAUCCAAAUGCCUAGCUGAAGACCUUUUUAUGUGUUUGUAUGCAUGCGAUUGGCAACAUAACUGGCUUAUUUACAUUAAAUACGCCACAAGGUUACAGUGCAGAUCAACGUCAUUUUAUCGCUGAUUACUUGUGCUAAACGCCCGAGCUGCUGUGACUGAUGCCUGAGCCACGCCGGGCAGCAACCUUUCCGUGGGACGUGGACCACAGCAGCAGCAGUCCACUUUAAGGAGUUUGCAACGCAGGUACUCAAAAGUGCAUGAGCAAGUAUACAGAGCAGUAAAGAACAGUAACAGUGAAGACUGGGUAAGCGGGAAGCCCCUUGGCAAUCCCUAAGUGCCAGGCUCAGCUGCAUUUUCCUUCUGAGUGUUUUCUAAUCAGUGAUGAUCCUAAAUCAAGAAUGCAGUUAACUUGUUAAGUGGAGAGGUGUCCCACCUAGCAAAGUUGAAUUCUGGGAUAUUACCCAAGGUGCGAGUUGUUCAUCUUUGGCUCAAGAAGGACUAGGCAAUCUCUGAAGUCUCAUUCUGCUUGUGAAGGAUGGAAGAAGCAAGUCUGUGCCUUGGUGUACCUUCAGCCGUGACUGAAGCUGAUACACGUCUCAGUACUACAAUACUAAAUGGUCAAUAUUCCAUGAACCAGAAACUUCAACAUAUAAGUGCACAGCUGGGCCAUGCGUUUUCUGAGCUCCACCACAGACAAAACCCGGAAGAGAAAGCAGCAACCCCACUAGAUAACAACAAUCAUAUGAACAUAGCAAAUCAGCCCGUCAACAGUCAGAUGGCCCUGCUUGCAACUCAGUUAAACAGAGAUGUUGAUUCCAGUAUGAAUGUCAACGGAAGACUUGAUCUUCAGCAGUUCCUAAAUGGGCAAAACCUUGGAAUUAUGUCUCAGAUGAGUGAUAUAGAAGACGAUGCAAAGAAAAACAGAAAAUAUCCUUGCCCUCUUUGUGGCAAGCGGUUCAGAUUCAAUAGCAUUCUAUCACUCCAUAUGCGCACUCAUACUGGAGAAAAGCCUUUUAAGUGCCCAUACUGUGACCAUAGAGCAGCUCAGAAAGGAAAUCUGAAGAUUCAUCUCCGUACUCAUAAGCUAGGCAACCUUGGCAAAGGUCGAGGAAGAGUUAGAGAAGAAAAUAGACUUUUACAUGAACUGGAAGAAAGAGCAAUCUUGAGAGACAAACAGAUGAAAAGCACUUUUUUACAGCCAAGGCUUGAUAUGAAACAGCAGCAACAUCCACAACACCAAACGCAUGUUGCACAGUGCAUGUCUGUGACACCGAAUCAUAUUGCACCUGAUAUGUCUAAUACAAUACCAUCACCAAAACCUGCAAAUACACAGGAGGAAUCUACUGUACUAACAACAGGGUUUAGAUGCACUUUUUGCAAAGGCAAGUUCAAAAAGAGGGAAGAGCUGGACCGCCAUAUACGAAUACUGCACAAACCAUAUAAAUGUACACUUUGCGAGUUUGCUGCCUCCCAAGAAGAAGAAUUGAUUAGCCAUGUUGAAAAAGCUCAUAUAACUGCUGAGUCAGCUCAGGGCGAGGGAACCAGUGGGAAUGGUGAACAGACUGCUAAUGAGUUUCGCUGUGAAGUCUGUGGCCAGGUUUUCAGUCAAGCAUGGUUUCUGAAAGGGCACAUGAGAAAACACAAGGAUUCAUUCGAACACUGCUGCCAGAUUUGUGGAAGACGGUUUAAAGAGCCCUGGUUUCUGAAAAACCAUAUGAAGGUGCAUCUGAACAAACUAUCAGUAAAGAGUAAAUCUUCAUCUGAGCCAGAGGUGCCAGUAGCCAUUGGAACUAUGGCACAAGAGGCACAUGCAAAUUUAUAUUCAAGAUACAUGUCCUGUCUGCAGAGUGGAUUUCUCUCCUCUGAUAAGACAGUUUUAAGUGAACAAAACCAGAUCCAUAGUAAGAGAGAGACAUUACUAAAGGAAAAGGAAAUACUCGGAAAACUCCUGCCUUCAGUGAGCAACAUUAGCCAUGCAAUUACUGAUGAGGAAAAACAUUCAUUACUUAGCUGUUUAAAUCUUGUACCACCUCUCAAGUCUAGUUGCAUAGAGCGAUUGCAAGCUGCUGCAAAAGCUGCAGAAAUUGAUCCAGUAAGUGGUUAUCAAGGAUGGCAGAUUAUGGCAAGAGGAACGGCAAUGGAUCACACCUUUGUGUCUAAAGAGCAACAAAUGAAGCAUAGCCAGGAUGACGGUAUGGCUAAUGCAGGCAUUAGUUAUGACAAAGAGAAGUGUGAAUAUAUGCUAGUAGACAGAGACACUUCUAAACAAAAAUUGCAGGCAGAGAUGGUCCAUAACAUUAAAAUAAAUAGCCAGAGUAAUGUAACAAAUAAACACAGGCCAUUAGAGGCUGUUAGAGCUUUUAUGCCUCAUGGCAUGAUUCACCCUCUUGAAUAUAAUAUAAAUAGUCCAAGACAGAUAAAGGAAAAGCCAACAGAGUGCCCAGACUGUGGAAGGGUGUUUCGUACCUACCACCAAGUUGUUGUACAUUCAAGAGUACACAAAAGGGAUAAGAAGUGUGAAGAUGAAAGAAUUCAGACAUGUGUGGAAGAGCGACGUGGUUCUGGCAGUGACCAAGAAUCUCAGUCAAUCAGUCGAUCAACAACACCAGGCUCAUCCAAUGUCACUGAAGAAAGUGGGGUUGGAGGAGGUCUCUCGCAGUGCGGGAGUGCACAGGAAGAUAGCCCCCUCCCUUCUUCCCCUUCAUCUUCAGAUAUGGGAGAAGAACUUGGGAGACCAGUAGGAAAUCCACAGGCAGCCUUACUGAGAGACAGGGCUCUCGCAUCAGUUAUGAAGGACUGUCCCUACUGUGGAAAAACCUUCAGAACAUCACACCAUUUAAAGGUCCAUUUACGGAUACAUACAGGUGAGAAACCUUACAAAUGCCCCCACUGUGAAUAUGCUGGCACUCAGUCUGCUUCUCUUAAAUACCACUUGGAACGCCAUCACAGGGAACGGCAAAGUAGUUUGUGCACCCUACCAGGGAACUCCCAAAGCCAAGAACAAAAGGAUGAAACAGCAAGCAGAGGCUCUGUAUUUAUUCGGCCAGACAUGAUGAGAGGAGUCAUUAAAGGUUUGCCUGGGGCAGAUUUUAGAAGUGGUGUGUUGCCUCAUCACUGGGCACCAGGGCUAAUUUCUUCAAAUGACUGUCAUGGUCAGACUGCUGGCAUCAGCUCAGAGGCAGUGUCAGAAAAUAUGAAACUUCCUGAAAUAUCCAUUGAUGGUACACGUUUUCCAGAUAUCAGCAGGUUGUAUCACAGCAUGGCUGGAAAUGGGAUCAGCGUUCAAGGAUCCUUACAAUCAUUUAUGGACACGUUUGUUCUAAGCUCACUGAAAAAGGAAAAAGAAAAAGACAUUAAAAAUAAGCCCUUGUCUGAAAUUUCUUCUGCAAAUCCUCUAGGACCAGAGUGUGGAGAAGAAAAUGCAGUCAAGAAAUCCUCACAUGGAAAAGGUGAAAAGUCCCAGUAUGAGCCCCUUGACCUGUCUGUUAGACCAGAUUCCACUGCUUUGCCAGGAUCAUCAGUAACAGUGCAAGGAAAUGUUGCCUGGCAUUGCUGCUUGUUCUGUUCAUUCACGACUUCCUCAUUAGAAUUAAUGGCACUUCAUCUUCAAACAACUCACAUGGGAAAAACUAAACACGAAGGUAAUUUUGUAUCUGUUGGGAGUAGCAAGGACCAGCCUUUGGAACCAUUAACAGCAUCACAUAAAGUAACUUUAUCAUUGUCCUCAACACAGCCAAAUCAAGAAACAUUACUUUCAGACACGGUUAUCCAGGAUACAACUUGUUGUGAACCAAGCAGCAAAAUGGACACCAGCAAAGAAACAUGUGAACAGAAGAGCCCCACAUGGCAUGACUGUCAGAACACCAGUUCUGGGACAAUAACAGCUAAUUUUAUAUAUGUUUCAGACAAGCAUUCUGAAAUGACAGAACACAAAGAGGAAAACAUCGAUGUUCCAGUUUUGGACUCUGCAAGCAAAAGUAUUCCUGAUGAAUCAUCAGAUGAAGACUCAUCUGAAGAUUUGGAUACAUCAAAGGAUGAAGAUGAAGCAGAUGAAGCUGAUGAAGCAGACAAGACAUCUAAUAUGAGAAGACACGAGUAUAGUUCAGAUGAAGAAACCAGUGACAGCAAUGCUGAUGAUAAGACUGACAAUGCACAUUCCUCUCCAACUGCACAGUCUAUGGAAAAUCUUUGGCAUGGGAUGAAUCUCUUUUCAUCUCAAAGACUACCACAAGAUAUAAUGAAAGCAGACAAAGGUCAUGGACAGCAGGUCCUGGAGCAGCAAAUAAACAUGCUGUCUGUCCUGAGGGCCUACAGCAAUGACAGCUUAGCAGCAUAUAAUGGCCUUGGGAAUAGUUCCACCAGCAGUAUGAAUGUCAAGAGACCAGAUCUGUCUGGUCACAGGCCUUUCCAGUGUAGAUAUUGCCCAUACAGUGCCUCCCAGAAGGGGAACCUGAAAACUCAUGUCCUGUGUGUGCAUCGUAUGCCUUUUGACAACAGCCAGUACCCAGAUCGUAGAUUCAAGCGCUCCAGAGUUGACUCAGAGGCUUCAGGGAGUUCAGAAGAACAAGCAAAUGCCAAACCUGGGAAUUCCUCUGAAGGAACAGUAGAAGAUGCCAAGUCACAAGUGUAAUGAAGCUGUGCAAAUCAAACAGUGUAUUGCAAUAUUAUUGAACAUCAUUAAUAAAUAUGCAUUCAGACAAGAGACAGUUAAGUGCAUUCCAAGGAAAGAGUAAUUUUCUAGUAUUGUACAUUUAAAACAGUAAAGAGACUCACUACCUAGCCGCAGAAAAUGGCUGCCAAGCUGUUACCUAGCAACAAUUACUUUAAACCAAUGCAGGUGGAUGACAGAGUGAUUUCAGAAUGGGAGGAGGUUUUUAAGUUACUUAAGACAAAAAUCUACUCGUAAUAUGAAAGUGGUCUUUUUCCAAAAGUAGGCUCUUAAGAGAAAAAGGAUACCAUCUAAAUGAUUUAGUCUUGCCUUCAAGUCUGAGGGGCUGUGUUUUCAUUUUUGAAAACACCUUUAAAAUAUGACACCAGCUGCUGUCAUUUGCCUAGCAUAGUAAUGAGAUGUGUUGGUAGACUGCCAUGGUGCCAGUCUGACUGGAGCUGUCAUUUUAGAAAAAAUCAAUUCAAGUGGUGUCACAGCUGCACUAUAGGAGAAAUCUUAGAUGGCCCACAACCUGGGGUCAGUACUGAAAUACAUUGAAAAUGAUUGUUAUAUUACAUUUUCAAUUUUUUAAUACAUAGCCAAACAAAUCAAUGGUCAGCAAAGAUCUGCCAAAUAACAUACAAUGCAGAUUUCCUGAGUAAUUCCUUUUAGGUGAAUUUGCAGUAUUGAAGGAAAGAAUGUUUUUUCUCCUUUCUUUUGAAGUACGGUACGGUACGAUAGUUCACAGUAGUCUGCAGUUUUUAAAGCUGUAGAGGUAUCUUAAAUAUGUCAUUCUACUAAAACUAACUUGCCUUGAUUAUAGAAUGAGGGCACUACCAGAAAACAGGACUGUAUGUAACUAAGGGUCUGUCUUCUUUUUAUGUAACUUGUACAAAGGAUUCCCCAGUCAUGGUUUGGUUUUGUUUGUCAGUUCUUGUAAGUGUUAUAGACAUAGUGCAGGGCUUUCGUUUGGAACAAGCUCUUGAGAAGCAGCUUAAAAUGAUAAAAAAGAUAUAGAUGAUUCCCUGCUCUUUGUCUCUAAUAAAGAAAGUGUUUAAUUAUUCUUUGUUUUUGUAAAACAAAUGUGUUCUAUAUUUUUGCAGAUUUAAGCUUUUAUACAGAUUGGAGUCUCCAAAUUUAUUAAGUUCUUCACUGCAUAGGAAGCUUUUGAAAGGUUAUGAUGAACAAUUUAAUUUAAAAAAAGUAAAAAAAAAAUGAUAACUAAAGGUUUAUUCUUCUGAACAUCAUAUAAUUCUAGCCUUUUAGUAUACUUUCUUCAUUAAAAGCAAAACUGGUGCUUUUUAGUGUGAUGGUAAAGCUGUAUGAAACUCUUCUGAAGCAAAAUACUCAUCGAGACUUAAAAAGUCAAUAUUUCAUUGUAGGCUGGGAGCACAGAAUAAACCCCAGGGCCUUAAAACUUCAGCUCUGCCUAAAGCAGUUUAAUAAACAAUAAACUGCAGUUGAUGUAAAUAUGAUUCUUAGUGCUACCCUGAGACUGGGAAAUAUCUCAGGCUAAGAAGGAAAAGGUUUGCAUAUGCUGACUGAAAGGAUGCCAUCCAAAUGAAGUUACAGUUUUAUUGAGUUCACUGUGUAACUACGACCCAUGUGGCAUAGGGCAAGCUGCUUUCUUGUUUUUCUAGUAUAGUUCUCACUGCCUUACUUAAAUAAAGUUGAUAUAAUUAAUGCAACUGUUUCUAUGAUCCUAGAUGAAGGAUUGAAUUGUUAUUAAUAACUUUCUGAAUGUAGUAAGCUUUAGGAUUUUAACUGCACUACUGUGUUUGGUGACUGUGUCAGUCGCUUGCUUUUGUGUGUUUGUGCCGCCUACAGUAUCUUAGCAAAAAAAAAAAAAAAAAAAAAAAACAGACAAAAAAAAAAAAAUAACACAUUCCAUUUAUUGCACUUUUAAAGCUCUUUCAGUAUUCCUCUGUGUCUUCUGAGCAUUUUCAGAUAUGACAGGCAAUAAUUCUGUUUGUGACACUGGAAACAUUUCCUGUUCAUUGUGAUGUGUGCGUUGAUACCAUUUGGUCCGGUGCUACUGUUCCUAUUUUCCCCCACCCUUUAACAUAAACCUUUUUCCAGAACAUUCGUAACUCGUAAUGACAGCGGCAGUGAUACAUUGUCAGUUUCUGAAUAUCAUCAUGCUUCUCAUAUCUAAACAUGUCAACUUUUUUCUCUGUAACUUCUGUAGUCUGUGAUACUGGUCACAAUGCUGUCUACAUUCCUACAUGAAGAAAAACUUCUAUCUUGGAGGUGAUCUGAGAUCGAUAGAGUAGAGGAUUUUGUUGCUAUGCUUGUAAUAAGUAGACAACUUUGUAUUUAAAGUCUAUUCUUGGUCAUUAUUUAUUAUUAUACAUCAGUUGACAGAACUUUAUUCUGGUAUAGAAGUAUUACAAUUUUUUGCAGCAAAUGACUGUUUUCUUUCUGCUGUUAGAUUAAAAUGUCUUUAAAGCAGUACAGUUUUAUCCAGUGUUUUACGCAAUAAAACCUCUACCUCUGAA